GCGCCCCGCGCUGUGCCGCGCCGCGGAGCCGGUGAGGGAGCGGUGUCGCCAUGGCGGGCCGGGCGCUGCAGGCGCUGCCCAGGCUGAGGGCACUCAACAGGCUGCAAGUAAUAUUUCAACAUUUGAAAAUGUCUAAGCAGACAGACUCAGCAGCAGAAGUGUUGUUGGAAAAGAAAGGAGGUGCAGGAGUAAUAACUUUGAAUAGACCCAAGGCUCUCAAUGCACUAAAUCUGCCUAUGAUCCAAAAAAUCUAUCCUCAAAUAAAGACAUGGGAGCAAGAUCCGGAAACUUUUCUAAUAAUUAUAAAGGGAACUGGAGGAAAAGCUUUUUGUGCUGGGGGUGACAUCCGAGCCCUCACAGAAGCGGGAAAAGUUGGAGAUAAACUGAUACAAGAUUUCUUCGUAGGUGAAUAUAGGCUGAACAAUGCCGUUGGCACCUGCAAGAAGCCAUAUGUGGCACUCAUUGAUGGCAUUACAAUGGGAGGGGGAGUUGGUGUCUCAGUCCAUGGACAUUUUCGAGUUGCUACAGAAAAGACUGUUUUUGCCAUGCCAGAAACAGCAAUAGGCCUUUUCCCUGAUGUAGGUGGAGGGUAUUUCCUGCCAAGGCUCUCAGGAAAGAUUGGCUAUUACCUCGCACUGACAGGCUGCAGGCUGAAAGGAAGAGAUGUGCUAAAGGCUGGCAUUGCUACACAUUUUGUAGAAUCUGAAAAGCUGCCUGCCUUGGAGAAAGACCUGAUAGCCCUGAAAUCUCCUUCAAAAGAAAAAAUUGCAGAUUUGUUGAACUCUUACCACAUGAAGUGCACAAUUGAUCAAGAAAAGGAGUUUGCACUUGAUGAACAUAUGGAGAAGAUUAACAGUCUUUUUUCAGCAAAUAGUAUGGAAGAAAUUGUUAAAAAAUUAAAGCAAGAUGGUUCUCCUUUUGCCAUGAAGCAGCUAGAGACUAUUAAUAAGAUGUCACCUACGUCUUUAAAGCUGACUUUCAGACAGCUCAGAGAAGGAGCUUCCAUGAGCUUACAGGAGGUGCUCCGGAUGGAAUACAGACUGAGCCAAGCGUGCAUGAAAGGCCAUGACUUCUACGAAGGGGUUCGAGCAGUGCUGAUUGACAAAGACCAGUCCACCAAAUGGAAGCCAGCUGCUCUGGAAGAAGUCAGCGAUGAAUUUGUGGACAGUUGUUUUAAAUCACUGGGAAACGAUGAUCUCAAGCUGUAAAGAACAAACCUAUUGACAUCUUAUCUAUCUGCUUAGUUCUGUCAUACAAAAAGUAACUGCAGUGUGAUCAGUUUGGACAAUACUUUUUUAGCUAGCCUGAGAUUCACAAGUCUAUUUUCCUUUUUUUUUUUUUUUUUUUGCAUUCAGGAACAUUCUCUGUAAUGAGAAAAUAAUUGUAUCUCUGGUUAAUAAUGGGAGAAAUCACUUCAAGGCAAGUUGUUAUGUUUACUGCUUUACACAGUGAUUAACAUUUAAUUUUUUGCAUCAGCUCUUAGUUUAGGAGGAGCCCUUGGGCAAAAGAGCACAAUUUAAGGGGUGACCUAAUAAGCAAAAAGUCAAGAGACCUUUUGUGUUCUUGGCUCUGUCACUGAUCUGGUAAAUUGGGGUUGUGCCACAGAUUCUUCUGUGUACAAUGAAAAUAAAAUAUGGUUAAACCUUUAAUGCAGUCAGAGCUACAAAGGAAAAUGCAAGACAGAAUCCAUGGUGUUAAAUGUCCUUUUAAAUAAAAGCUCAGACUGAUACAUUAUUAGUCUGAGAACAAGAAAUUGUUCUAUUGAUUAAACACUUGUAAUUUUUCAGCCUUGCUGUGUGAUGUAAACAUUGUUUCAAAUGUGAUAAUCUUGCCAGAGCCUGAAGCACACUUCUCUUCGCUUGCAUAGCCCACUUCUUAAAAUGUCAUUAUGUCUGAUUCAACUGCAUAAUCAGUAUUUCACGAUUUCAGAAAAUUGCUGGUUUUUCUUGGUCUUACAGUGGUGAAGAAACAAGUGCCUCAAACCUUGCUGUGAACACCAAGCAGCAAUUUCCAGUGCAUUCAAGGUGGUGGGGUUCUGAUGCUGAUAAGACAUGAAGUUACACAACAGAACCAGAACCCCUUGAUCCAAGUAUUUGUGAGAGGGAAAUUAUUUUUUCUAAUGUAUACAGACAGCUACUAAUCUUUCUUCAACAUUUUGCCUUCUUUUUUAUGCUUCAGCAGAGCACAUAGCAGUGUUUCUUUCUGCUUACUUCUACACUUACAGGCAGGUCACAAGUACAAAUUUUGGCUUCUCUGAAGAACAAAACUUCUGUUCAAAUGCCACAGUCAGUAACCAGCAUGGGGAGUGAAAAAGUCAGAGCUGCAGCAGAACCAUUGUGGAGUUUUCAAUGUUGGGCAGUUUUUAUGACCAACAGCAAUGGUCUGCAACGGCUUAAGGCUCCUUCCUUUCUAGGAGCUGUUGCCUGGAAACAAAAUCCAGGAAAUUCAACUACCAAGAGUGACUUAAAAAAAAAUCAGAGGGGAGCAAAUGGAGAG